AGAGAAAAAGGAAGUGAGAACUGAAAAUAUAAAAACUAACCUGCGGAGUGUUCCAUUUUCUAAAGCCUUUCAUCGUGAAAAUGUCGAUCGCCGCCGCCCUUUCUUCCCCUCACCAACCACUUGGUUUGACUAAAAUCAACUUCCGCCGCUCAUCAAACUCGCCGUCGCCGUUGAUCACCGCAAAUCUGAGGUCAAACGCCGCCAAUUCCAUUACACUCUCCUGUAAAGGGAGCUACAAUCGCUCUGUUUUGGUUUUCUCCGUAGGCAAUGGAAUUGGAGGUAAUGGUGAUGACAAAUCUGGGGGCGGCGGAGGUAGUGGUGGUGGUGGUGGUGAUGGUGGUAAGGGGGAAGGAGAUGGGUUUGAUAAGAAUAAGGAAGAAUCGAUCUUGAUUCUUGCGGAAGUUGGACGGUCGUUAGAUAGUAUACCAAAAGAUUUGGCGUCGGCGAUUGAAUCUGGGAAGAUCCCAGGAUCUAUUAUUAAGAGGUAUUUUGAGCUUGAGAAAUCGUCAUUUUUUCGGUGGCUGAUGCAGUUUGGAGGGUUUAGAGAACGACUUCUAGCUGAUGAUCUCUUCUUUGCAAAGGUUGCAAUGGAAUGCGGUGUUGGUGUCUUCACUAAGACUGCUGCAGAAUAUGAAAGGCGUAGAGAAAACUUCUUCAAGGAACUGGAGAUUGUUUUUGCAGAUGUGGUAAUGGCUGUUAUUGCUGAUUUUAUGCUUGUGUAUCUUCCUGCUCCAACUGUGUCUUUACGACCAUCUCUUGCUCUAACAGCUGGACCUAUCGCCAAGUUCUUCCACAAUUGUCCUGAUAAUGCAUUCCAGAUUGCUCUAUCUGGAACAUCCUAUUCCUUUUUACAAAGGAUUGGUGCUAUAGCGCGUAACGGGUCAAAGCUCUUUGCAGUUGGCACUACAGCAUCUCUGGUUGGGACGAUGAUUACAAAUGCGUUAAUUAAUGCGAAAAAGGCAGUUAAUAAGUCUUCUGAAGAAGAAGUGGAGAAUGUGCCUGUAUUAGCUACUAGUGUUGCAUAUGGUGUUUACAUGGCUGUCUCAAGCAAUCUUCGGUAUCAAAUAGUGGCGGGGGUGGUGGAACAAAGGAUCUUAGAACCGAUGCUACAUCAGCAUAAGUUGAUUCUAAGUGCAAUGUGUUUUGCAGUCAGGACAGGAAAUACAUUCCUAGGCUCAUUGCUGUGGGUGGAUUACGCUCGUUUGGUUGGAAUUCAGAAGGCUCACGACGCUGAAAAGGUCGAGUAAUUUGAUCAUUUUCUUUCUCGAUGAUUGGGUUGAGGUGGUAGAAUGGUGUGCAGUCAAAUUUGCUUUGGUUUUUUGUUUUGAAAGGAAGUUACUUUUCAUUAUCCCACAUUUAAUGCGAAAGUUGCGUGAUUAUGUGGUGAAAGAACCAAAUAAAAACAAUUACAGUGUUGUGGUUCCAAAUGUUAUUGUUAGUUAGCAAUGUUGGUUGAUCAAGGUUUUAAAAUUCUUUUGGUUUAUUUUUUCC